AUGUGUGCAAGCAAAGGUUGUCUAUGUGACUCUGUCCGACUCAUCUCUUUGCGAUGUCUGAAAACGAUUUUGUGUGGGAACAGUAUUGCUCUGCUUAUGUAAUUUCUCUCUUUUUCUUUUUCAAUUCUUGAGCUCACAAAAUUUUCAGCCUAAAGGUACAACAGAAUCAACUAUUUUCAGCAAGUUUGUGCGCAGGUUAAGAGCAUGCACACUCUGUGCCAGUUUUGAAGCAAUCCCACUAAUAAGAAAUCAGAGAUAUGGCAAAAACUCAAGAACAGUGAAAGAAUGAUGUAAAGGUAGAAGAGAGAGAGAAAAGAAAAAGGGCAAAAAAGAUCGAAGCUUUUGUUGUUGUGUUGAUUGAGAAAGACAAAGGUGAAGGCUUUUGUUAUCUCAAAGGCCAUUCUUUUCUAUUGAAAGGUCAAUUUCUUUUGAGAAGUAUAUCAAGAGAAAGGAGGGGGAAAAAGGGGGGAGAAACACUUGAUAAUCCAACCACUCAUGCUUUGGUCCGCGUGCUUUGAUGCCCCAAAACUGACCCCUCUAUGUUAUGUUGUGUGUAUGUAUGUGUGAUUUCUUUUACUUUUUUUCCCUUUUAGCUGUUGAUGGGUUGUGUUGUUGAUAGGGUGAGGAGAAGAGGAAGCCCCACUUAGAUUUUUCAGCUGCUUUUUGCAGUGUAUGUUUUGUUCCUUGGUUUUGGAUUUUUAGAGCAUGCUCUCUUUGAUUGGUUCCUCUCACUACUACUAGAUUCUCUGAACGUUUGUCUUGGCUCUAUUCUUCUCUCUCUCCAAGGAAAUACUGAUCAGUGGUUUCUUUAAGGUCCCUCUUUUACUGCUGGUGAGGAAUAUGUGAAUUUUCAUGAAGAUAUGUGUGUUCUUGUUUUUGGGUGGAAAGAUUCAAUCUUUCUGAAGCUUGAUACUUGGCUUCAUUGCUUGAUGCAAAAAAUGGGGUCUUGUGGGGUGAUUGUUGUAUUGAAGUAGAGAAAAGAAGACAUCAUAUUGAUACGUAUAUGCAUGGGUUCUGUUGAAGAAAAGCUGAAACCAGGCGGUUUGAUCAGUGGGGCUCAUAAUAUACUUGAAGGGAUGAAAUUGUUGAAAGAAAUGCAGGAUCAUACUGGGGUAAAGAAACAGAUAAAUUCCGAGUUGUGGCAUGCCUGUGCUGGUCCACUAGUGACCUUGCCUCAGGUUGGAAGCCUUGUGUACUACUUUCCACAAGGGCACAGUGAACAGGUUGCAGUUUCCACCAAUAGAACAGCAACAACACAAGUACCCAACUAUCCAAAUCUCCCCUCUCAGCUAUUGUGCCAAGUUCACAAUGUUACACUCCAUGCUGACAAAGAAACAGAUGAAAUCUAUGCUCAAAUGAGCCUGCAGCCUGUGAAUUCUGAAAAAGAUAUUUUUCCUAUACCCGACUUUGGGUUAAAGCAUAGUAAACAUCCAACAGAAUUCUUCUGCAAAACUUUGACUGCCAGUGAUACAAGCACGCAUGGUGGUUUCUCAGUUCCCCGGAGGGCUGCAGAAAAACUCUUCCCACAAUUAGAUUAUUCAACGCAGCCUCCAACUCAAGAACUAGUUGUUCGAGAUUUGCAUGAUAAUACAUGGGCUUUUCGUCAUAUAUACCGGGGGCAGCCAAAGCGGCACCUUCUUACAACUGGUUGGAGUAUGUUUGUUGGUGCAAAGCGGCUUAGAGCAGGGGAUGCAGUUCUGUUCAUCAGGGAUGAAAAGUCGCAAUUGAUGCUGGGAGUAAGGCGUGUUAACCGUCAGCAAACGACUUUGCCGUCUUCUGUUCUAUCUGCUGAUAGCAUGCACAUAGGAAUCCUUGCUGCUGCUGCUCAUGCUGCUGCUAAUAGAAGCCCAUUUACAAUCUUCUACAAUCCAAGGGCAUGCCCCUCAGAAUUUGUCAUUCCAUUGGCUAAAUAUAGAAAAGCUGUGUAUGGUACGCAACUCGCCAUUGGUAUGAGGUUCGGAAUGAUGUUCGAAACUGAAGAAUCCAGCAAACGCAGAUAUAUGGGCACUAUUAUAGGAAUAAGCGACGUAGAUCCGCUGAGAUGGCCCAACUCGAAGUGGCGUAGUCUUCAGGUAGAGUGGGAUGAGCCCGGCUGUAUUGAUAAGCAGAACAGAGUUAGCCCAUGGGAGAUUGAAACUCCUGAAAGUCUCUUCAUAUUUCCAUCUCUGGCUGCCACCCUGAAGCGCCCUUUCCACACUGCCUUCGUAGGUGCACAACCAGAAUGGGAAACAAUGUUAAAUAGGCCUUUCCUCCGAGUUCCAGACAAUUCACUAGGGGAUCUCCAGUGUCCCCCAAUAUCGAGCCUGUGGUCUGAGCAGUUAAUGAAGAUGCUUACAAAACCUCCUGGUCUGAUAGCUCCUGGCAGUAUUGCGUAUUCUAUGCAGGAAGUUAAGGAUGUUGUGCCACGAGAAGCAACAUCUGUGAUGCAACCGGCCAUGAAGCAGAGACCUGAGCUCAUUUUGCAGGAUGUGUAUCCACAGGGAGAAAGUAAUCUUCAAAGUGUUGCUGGCCAACCAAUUAUCACCAACCCACAUAUUUUAGCUGGUUCUGACUUGUCAAAACAAGAACCUGUACUUACUACUGAUCAGUUGAUCCAGUUUCAGUCAGAAAGCCAGCUCAAUGAAGAAAGAAUGCCUGUGAAGCCUCUGAAUCCACACAAUCUCAUCAAUGAUUUUGCAGUCACGAAUCAGCAUAAUGGCACAGUGUCAUUGCAAACAAGUUCAUGUAUCACACAAUCACGGUUGGACUCGCAUGCUUUACCAGCAGGGAAACUGACAUCUGCGGAAGCUGGUUCUGAAUUGUCAAAACAAGAACCUGUACUUGCUACAGAUCAGUUAAGUCAGUUUGAAUCGGAAAUGCAGCUCAACGAAAAAAGUAUGCCUGUAAGGCCCGUGAAUCCACAGAAUGUCAUCAAUGAUUUUGCAGUUACAAACCAGAAUAAUGGCAUGCCAGCUCUACAUACAAGUCCAUAUAUCUCACAUUCACGAUUGGACCCGCAUAUUCUUCAGACUCAACAAAUUGAUCCAUCCCAAGUAACAUCUGCUAGUGCCAACGACUUACCUCAAUAUUCCAGCCAGGUUGAGUUUAAUUCGUACUCGUCGAUAUACCCUCCACCGUCUGGAUCUCUUAGAAAUCCUAGACCUCCAUCCAUGCUUCAGAAAUCUGAUCAGUUGUCUACCUCUUCAGAUAUUGUUUAUCCUAUGCUGCCUUCAGUUGAGCAAGAGUUGUGGGAUCCUCAUUAUAACGAUGCAAAGUGUGUUUCCCAGACUAAUCUCCCUGUCCUAUUGCCUCAUCAGGACAUGUCUAACCUUCAAUAUAGUUCAUGUGGUCUGAAAGAUGUAUCAGAUGAAGAAAAUAACCAGAGUGACUUAUAUAGCUGUGUGAAUCUUGAUGGUAGUAACAGUGGAAGCACAGUAAUUGAUCCCUCUGUCUCGAGCACGAUUUUGGAUGAUUUUUGUACACUAAAGAAUGUUGAUUUCUCAAAUCCUUCUGAUUAUUUUGUUGGAAACUUCUGCUCAACCCAAGAUGUCCAAUCCCAGAUUACAUCAGCCAGCCUAGCAGAUUCCCAGAAUUUCUCCCUACAAGAAUAUGCGGACAACUCAGGAGGAGCAUCUUCAAGCAACAUCGAUUAUGAUGACAACAAUCUUUUGCAGCAGAGCUCAUUUCAGCAAGUAACUCCACGGUUCCGAACUUAUACCAAGAUUCAAAAGGCUGGAUCCGUUGGAAGAUCGAUCGAUGUCUCAGGAUUUAGAAAUUACAAAGAACUCCUUUCUGAGAUUGAAUGCAUGUUUGGUCUCACGGGCUUGCUCAACGACUCAGGUUCCGGAUGGAAGCUCGUCUACGUGGAUUUUGAAAAUGAUGUGCUUCUUGUUGGGGAUGAUCCUUGGGAGGAAUUUGUGGGCUGUGUAAGAUGCAUCAGGAUUUUAUCACCUUCUGAAGUUAAGCAGAUGGGUGAAGAGGGAAUGCAGCUCUUAAACUCUGUCGGUAUGCAAGGUGUUAACGGCUCAACUCUGGAAGUUGGUUGCGCUAAAGAUGGCUCUAACUGAUGCACAAAGUAACCCGUUUAUUGUGAAAACAGAGUAUCUGAUAUCUGCUGUCAUGCUUCUUAUCAAAUUCCACGGAGCUAUAUCAACAGAGAGCACAAAUCCAAAGUCCCCAGUACUAGAGAUUUUGUUUUAGCAUACAGUUCGCGAAGCUGCUAUGUUUGUAAUGUAAAACUCUUAAGAUAAAAGCACGUUUUUAGCA